CUCCAGCGCAAUCCUCAAGCUAGACACUAGCUAUCGACCGGCAGCCAGCAGCUAUGGACAUGAGCCUCGAGCACUCGAGCUCUCCCUCCUCAUCCACGACCGAGCGCGCCGGGACGGCGUGGCCGUGGCCGCCGAAGCGCCCCGCGGGCCGCACCAAGUUCCGGGAGACGCGGCACCCCGUGUUCCGCGGCGUGCGCCGCCGUGGCGGCGCCGGCCGGUGGGUCUGCGAGGUGCGCGUGCCCGGGGAGCGCGGCACGCGCCUCUGGCUCGGGACGUACAUCACGGCCGAGGCGGCCGCGCGCGCGCACGACGCCGCCAUGCUCAUGCUCCGCGGCCGCUCCGCCGCGUGCCUCAACUUCCGGGACUCCGCGUGGCUGCUCGCGGUGCCGCCCGCGUUCACCAACCUCUCUGACGUCCGGCGCGCGGCCGUCCAGGCCGUCGCGGACUUACUGCGCCGUCCGGAGGCCACCAGUGCCGCUGCCGCGGUGCAAGAGGUCACCUCCAGCGUGUCCGCCCCGUCGUCGGCGGUGUGCAGUGUGCCCUUGUCAGAGACGGCGCAGGCUUCCGCUGAUGCCGCUUUUGAGGCGCCGGCUGCACUGGACAUGGACGUGUUCGACCUCGACUGCUUGUUUGGGGAAACGGACUCCGACACGUACUACUACGCCAACCUUGCGCAGGGGCUGCUCAUGGAGCCACCGUCGACUGUGGCCACCGGGUCGUACUGGGACAAUGGAGACUGCGCCGACGGCGGAGCCGGAGCUGAUGUCGCGCUCUGGAGUUACUAGUACUAAUAUCAACAAUCUCCAACAUAUAUUCGAGUUGAAGCCGCUUCGAUUAUGAUCCACAUCUCGAGACAGUCCAUCGAUGGCGCGCGGCAUCAAAUUGGAUGGAAUGGAUGAUGUUCCUGCAUAUUUCUUCUCAGGUUCUACGUGUCUCCUCAUUCCUCUCAUGGCAACAAGACGUACAAGCAGUUUUUGUGGUGGGCCCACCUGCUAUCGGCCGGGAGGGAGACAAUGACACGCGGUUAUAGUGUCUCUUGACUCUUUUUUUUUUUUUUUUUUUUUUUUGCGGGGAAUCUCUUGACUCUUCUUCGUACCGAGUGUCGACUUCCUUCCUUGUCGACCGGUCCCUUUGGUAUAUCCUACUAGCUACUAUAGAACCAAGUGGUAAUGUGGUUCCAUACGAAGCAUCCCCUUAAUUUUCCAUUUAAUUGUUAGAAGAAAUAGUGCUAGCAAGAUUACCUGGGUUCUCCCUACAAUUUUCUGGAGAAAAAACUCAGUCUAGUAGGAGUAUGUAAUAAUCAUUGGAUUAAUGAGCAAUUUUUUGAUUAUUUUAAG